UAAUGAGUCCCAGGAUUUGAUUUUGGUACUGGGAUUUGGGAGUACAUGGGAUCUACUGGAUUUGGUACUGGGAUUUGCUGAUACUCGUUUCCGGCAAAUUUGCCCACCACCAGCUCGUCAUUUGUGACCACAGAAGAAUUCUGUGUUUGUGACCAACGCCCUCUAAGUCUCCGCUAUCUUUCGUUCGAACUCGUCAUUUCUCGGAGAUUUACGGAAGAUUCUGAGGACUUCCCGCAAGGCGAGGCAAGCAGUUGAUUCAGUUUGGCACCAUUCUUUCCUUCUUCAGCGUCGUUUUCGUAGAGCCAACAUCAUUGAAAAUGUCAUCAAAAACUGCUAAAUACCGUGAAAAAAUGAAAAGGGAGGAUCCUGAGAAGUGGGCCGCAUAUCGUGAAAAGCAGCGAAAGGAUGCAAAGGAGAGAAGGGAUGCCAAGAAGCUGAAGUGGGAGACGCAGCCCCACACAAAAGAUAUGGUAGCAGAAAAGAAGAGAGAGCAGGAAAACGCAAGACUCAGAUGGAGACGCCUGCAGGAGAGGAGGAGGGGUGAAGGUAGUGGAGUCUUAAAAAUUGAACAAUCUUCCCCUACUCAUAACGGGUGCCCAGAAAAGAGACCGAAGGAAAUGACAGAGGAAGAGAGGCGGGCACACAGAGGAGAAUUGCGACGCCAGUCUCGGGCACGCCAGACUCCGCAGAAAAAGCGAUGGGCAAAGGUAAAGAAUGCUGAAUAUCAACGUAAAUACAAUGAGCGGCAAAGGGAGCUGAAAGGCCUACAUGCUGCUAGACCAUCAUCACGUCCAGCACCUUCCCCUCCGCCUCUAUCCCCAACGUCAGGCUCGCCCCUCCCUUCAAUUUCUCCAGGAUUACCCUUCCCUUCAACUUCUCCAUGCCUACCUCUCCCUCCAACGCCUUCACUUCUGUCCCAUGGUCCCUCACGUUUGUUUGAUGCAUUGGAUUUAUGGCGGAUUUCAUGGAAUGUUGGGGUCAAGCAACUGUCGGGCAGGUGUUUCCAUGCAUCUGCAGUUUGUGCCAGGCCCGCCCAUGACGCAAAGUUUGAGGGUGCAAAAGAGCGUCUCAACACUCUUUCAGAAGCUCCUGGAAACGAUGUGAAGUUGAAGAUGUACGCACUUUUCAAACAGGCUACCAAAGGCAAGAACACCACACCCAAGCCCGGCAUGAUGGACAUUGUGGGGAAGGCCAAGUGGUCGGCUUGGAGUGAGCUCGGGGAUAUGAGUCAGGAUGAUGCCCAGUUGGCUUACAUCUCCAUCGUGGAUGAGCUUUUGGGAGCAGAGGCCGAAAGCGCGGCAGCUGCCGAGGAUGCUGGGCCCGGAGUUCAGUACGAGGGACUGAAGAUCAUCAGGGAGGGCAAGAUAUUCAAGAUCCAACUCAACAGACCCAAAAAAUAUAAUGCUCUCACUCACGAUAUGUAUCGGGGCAUCGCUGCAGCCCUGGCUGAGGCAGCAGAAGACAAGGCCUGCAGUGUUGCUGUGCUCACUGGUGCUGGUGAUUACUACUGCAGUGGAAAUGACCUGUCCAACUUCACGAAUGUCACUCCGGACCAGAUCCCCAAGAUGGCUAAGGACGCAAGAUAUAUUCUCAUAGACUUUGUGAGGGCAUUCAUUGACUUCCCCAAGCCACUAAUCUCCCUUGUAAAUGGUCCAGCCGUCGGGAUCAGUGUGACCACUCUAGGCUUGUGUGAUGCUGUCUACUGCUCUGAUAAAGCAACGUUCCAAACCCCAUUUUCCAACCUGGGUCAAUCGCCAGAGGCAUGCUCGUCCUACACGUUCCCCAAGAUCAUGGGUCCUGCCAAGGCAAAUGAACUGCUUAUUUUCAAUAAGAAAAUAAAUGCUCAGGAAGCCUUCGACAGAAAUUUAGUGUCGGAAGUUAUCCCUCAUGAUAAAUUCCAAGAAGAGACUGCCAAAAGGAUAGAGCAGUACUCCAAGUUCCCACCUCAGAGCAUGAGGCUCUCCAAGGUUCUCAACCGAAGUUCAGAGCUGGAGACUCUACGCCGGGUGAACGAGGCUGAGGCGGAACUAUUGGAAGAAAGGUGGCAGUCUCAGGAGUGCAUGAACGCCAUCAUGGCCUUCUUUGCCAGGAAGUGAUGUCCAUCGCUGUUUGAAUGUGUGUGUGUGUGUGCAUGUGUGCGUUGAAUGUUUAUGGUGUCAGUUGCGAAAUGGCAGGCCGGCUUGGGCACAAUGUUUUGUCAUUGUCAUAACACAUUAUUGCCUAGGUUGUUUUGUUGUUUUGUUUUUAGAAACUUUAAAGAACAAUGCUUUCCCAGGUCAACCUAACAACUUGAACAAAAAAUAAUCAUGAAAAAAAAAACAACUUUGCAUGUCCAUGAAAUGAAACAAGUAACAGGCACUUUUAACCCUCCAAUCAUUGCUGACAAAGCCCAUGGUGUCUGGAAAAAUUAUGUUUUGACCAUAGUAUGCUGAAAAACACCUGAGAACAGGCAAACCAAGCAAGCAAAAGCCAUAAAAUUAAGAAUGCAAAUAGGAAUUAGAGCUCAUUUAUGAAGGAGUUGAAAUAUUUGGUGAUGUGUAUAGUAUUAAAAAAUGGAAAAACAAACUGAAAGUGAUUUCAUAUUAUUAAUAUAAUGGCCAAUUUAAUAGGUCGUUGACACUAGGCAGGUUAAUGUACCAGUAAUACGAGUCCUAAAAAAAUCACUGUGGCAGUUGUGCUACGACUGACAAUUUUACAAAAGAGAAAUAAAUGCCUGAUAAUGCUCUCUGUUUAGUUUCAGCAUUUGAUGGAAUGAGAGAGAUUUCUUCAUGCAUUUGUUUUGCAUUUAGGUUUUGUGUAAGAUGAUAAGAGGAUGCAGUAAUUUAACUGCUUUCACAGUUGAGAUUGGUUUGGAAACAUGACCUGCUCUCCCAUUUGAUUGGAAACUAUUUAAUUUGGGCAAGUCAACCAUGACAUACUAUCUAGUGCUGUGCCUUUGUAUUGAUUGUUCAUGAUUCAUUGUAUUCAUUGGCCAUGGCAGUUUAUGUUCUUGGUAGAGUUGCUUCAGUUGGAGGUAGAAAGACCUAUUAAAAGGGCUUCAGAAUAGUGCCUCUGAAAAUUAACAGUUGCAUUAUAGUUGAAGUCUGUUGUGAACUGUUGUGCGAGUCCAGUUUCUUCUUACUAGCUUCUAUUCAUAAAUUUGAAGUUUAAAAGUAGAUUAGUAGUGUCUACUUUACUGUGUACUCAUUCUUUGGAGAAUUUGUGAUGAUGUGAAACUUUUUAGAGAUUUUGUGGUGGUAUGAAAGUUUUCUAUUUUUUUGUAUCUUGCACUUUAUGCCGAAAAAGUCUGAUAUGGUAAAACUGUUGACGGGUUCAUUAUUGCUCCACUUUGUUUCUUGGCCAAUCAGCUUCAUGUCCAUGGUAUUUGAUCAUGAAAAGCAAAGAAUAAAAAAGAAAAAUUUAUUUAUUUUA